AUGGAUUCUCUUGACGGAUCCAGCUACGAUGUUCUGAUCUCUGGAACAGGCAUCCAGCAGUCUUUGCUUGCUCUUGCUCUCUCGCGCUCUGGCAAGAAGGUCUUGCAUGUCGACAAGGAUGACACCUAUGGUGGUCCCGAGGCUGCCCUGAGUCUACAAGAAGCUGAGCAAUGGGUUGAAAAACUCAAUUCUGCAAGGCAAACCAGAUUCAGGAAUACUUCCAUCACCAAGUCGGCUGGAGGAGAGCAGAAACUCUCUCCGUCUAGAGCAUACAACCUGUCACUCGCGCCGACACUAGUCUACACUCGCUCAGGCCUGCUACCCAUUCUCGUAUCCUCCAAGACCAAUGAGCAGCUGGAGUUUAUGGCUGUGGGUGGCUGGUUCGUUUUCGAAAAGCAGGAAGACGGUGCGCGAGUGGUUCGUGUUCCAAAUGGACGAGAAGACAUCUUCGCCGACCCUUCGCUCACCCUGAAGAUGAAGGGUCAGUUGAUGAAGUUCCUCCGUUUCGUAGCCGCAUUUGAAGAGAAGCCUGAAACAUGGCAACCUCAUCGCGACACCCCUUUCGCCGAUUUCCUGUCUGAGCAAUUUGGUCUGCCAGCCGUCGACGCUCUCAUGGCUCUCUGCCUCAGUCUCGAGAUUCCUGAGAAGACCACUACCGACUUCGCUCUACCUCGCAUUGCUCGUCAUCUCCGUUCAAUCGGUGUUUUCGGUCCCGGCUUUGGUGCUGUGAUUCCCAAGUGGGGUGGUCUUUCGGAAGUUGUUCAAGUCGCAUGCCGAGCUUGUGCUGUUGGUGGCGGUAUCUAUGUGCUUGGUCAGGGCAUCUCUUCUAUCGAGCCUGCUCAGUCUGAUGAGGACGAUGUUGAAGAGAUCCCUAGAGAGCCUGAGAAGCCUGAUGUCUCGCAAGACAUUCACAACAUGAUCACUGAAGGUGAAGGCUUUGUCGACACCAACCCCGAUCAUCUUGACGAACUCGAAUCCGGUAUCAAGGAGCAAUCCCUGGACGAUCUUCUUGCUGCAGCUGGAUACAGUAUUGCAGGUGUAGAGGACGAAAAGCCCACACCUGCUGUCGAAGAACCUGUCGAAAAACAGACCGCUUCCGCUGCCGUGCCUUCUGAGAAGAACUCAUUGUACAGUGUCCAGCUCAGCAGUGGAGACAAGGUGUCUGCGCAGUUUAUCGUUGGCUGCUCAGACGACCUACCUGGGUCCUUACCUGCCACUACAAUUGGCACAAAGGUUGCUGGUGCCCAACCCGAUACUGCUUCUCGCAGCAUCACAAUCAUCUCAUCAUCUAUGCAGCAUCUAUUUGUCACCGUCGCCGAAGGUGGUGUCUCGCCUGCUGGUGCUGUUGUGGUCUUCCCUGCUGGUUCCCUCUCGAGUGCAGCACAUCCACCUGUUCAGAUCAUGGUUCAUUCCAGUGAUACUGGCGAAUGCCCUCAAGGACAGUGUAUCGCAUAUGCAAGCACUGCACUUACUGGUCAACAAGGCCAGGAGCUUCUCGCCGAAGCCAUCAAGAUGCUUCUUGCAGCUCAAGAUGGCGAGGCUCAAGCCCUGUGGUCGCUCAGUUAUGAACAACAUGCUGAGGCUCUGGCAUCAUCGGCUGAGGCCUCUCAAUCCAGCAUUCUUAAGUUCCAGGACCCACCGCUGGACUUUGUCUUUGAUGAUGCGAUCAUUGAGAAUGUACAAGCGGCGUGGCAGAGAAUCUUGCCUGAAGCAGAUGACUUUAUGGUCUUUGGNAAAAGAAACGAGGAUGCCCAAGAGGAGGCAGAGGAUGAGGAGUAA